CUCGUUUCAGGAUGGACUCUCGUUGCCAGUACAGGACCUUCCAAAGGAUUCUUCAGCCGACUGAAAUGGGGAGAUUCCAGAACCGUUGGUUGUACCUGGCAGUCUUCACUGCAAUCUUGGGAAAUCUGAGCUUUGGCUAUGCUCUCGUCUACACCUCUCCUGUGAUCCCAGAACUGCAGCAGUCUCCCGACCCACUGCUUCGACUGGAUGACUACAAGGCCUCCUUUUUUGAGUCUGUCUUCACCUUGGGUGUUGUGUUUGGAGGCCUCACCACCAUGCUCCUCAAUGAUCUCCUCGGGCGGAAGCUGACCAUCAUGCUGUCCAGCGUGCCCUCUGUUUUGGGAUUUGCCAUCAUGGGCAGUGCUCAGGCAGUGUGGAUGUUGGACCUGGGUCGGGCAUUGACUGGGAUCGCAGGGGGAAUGCUGUCAGGCACAGUUCCGAUAUACAUUGCGGAGAUCUCCGUGCCCAAGCUGAGGGGGAGAAUGGGAGUUGGACCCCAGAUCAUGCUUGUACUUGGAACACUCCUGCUGUAUGCAUUGGCCCUGGUCCUCUCCUGGCGAUGGCUGGCUAUUGUUGGUGCCUUUAUCCCCACCCUCAUGAUCAUUGUCAUGUGCUUCAUGCCGGAAUCUCCUCGCUAUUUAAUCUCCAAACACUACUCCAGUGAAGCAAUGGAGGCACUUGCCUGGCUUCGGGGUCCUGAGGCCAAUUACCAACAUGAGUAUAGAGAGAUCGAGACUUCGCUCAGCAGCAAUGUCAGUCGGUUUUCAUGUUCUGAAUUAAGUCAACGUCACAUCUACAAACCCAUGCUAAUUGCCGUCUUCAUGAGGGUCUUCCAGCAGUUCAGUGGAAUCACAGUGUUACUGGUCAACAUGCAGAUUAUCUUUGACAGUACCGCGGUCAUUCUGGCAGGCUGUCAAGAUGCAGUCCUUGUGGGGGUUAUUCGAUUGCUCUCUGUCUCAGUAGCUGCCUGGCUGAUGGACAAAGCUGGAAGACGGAGACUUCUCUUUGUCUCAGGUGUCAUCAUGUCCAUCUCAACAUUGAGUCUUGGAGUCUAUGUCAAACUAGAUGAAUUUAAAUAUAAUCAUACCAGCAGCAAUACUUCCUUUGAAAAUACGGCCCACCUAACAGCUCAGCAUUUACUUCAACACAAAACAACAGACUGGUUAACCAUCAUUCCCCUCAUCAGUGUCAUGGUUUUCAUUUUUGGUUAUGCCUUGGGCUGGGGACCAAUCACCUGGCUGAUGAUGUCGGAGAUCCUUCCACUCCAAGUCCGUGGAUUCGCAUCAGGCUUGUGUGUGUUUGUCAGUUGGGUCACAGCCUUCAUCUUAACAGAAUUCUUCUUAAAAGUGAAGCAUACCUUUGGACUUGCUGUCCCCUUCUUGUUCUUCUGUGCAGUAUCCAUCCUGGGAAUAAUAUUUACUGCUUUCUGCAUUCCUGAAACAAGGAAGAGGACCUUGGAACAAAUUCAAGAUUUGUUCCAGAACCCGAGAGCACCCAGAGUUGUUGUUAACAACUGACAAGGAAAAAAACACUUUGAAAAACUGAAGUCCCACCGUUAAUCCUCCUCAUUGUUCACUGAAGCUACAAGGAUAGACUAAUCCUGUUGGACUAUGAUUUUAUUUAACAUUUACACAGAUGGCUCACAGGUAAAUGUAGAUACAAUUUCUAUGUCCCUCCAUUGUCCCCAUCAAACACUCCCAACACAGGGACAGCAUGGGGUUAGAUACAGAUUAAAGCUCCCUCUACACUGCCCCCAUCAAACACACCCCGGACAGGAACAGCAAAUGGUUAGAUUUGGAGUAAAGGCCUCUCUGCACUGUCUUCAAACAUUCCCAGCAUGGGUAAUAUUAUAGAAAAGCCUCUAGAACAGUUCAUAUUCUCCAGUGAGACAAUUUCAAAAUCACUUCUUUCAGAGGCUACACAACACUGAAGAUGUCACCCAGAAGGGAGACUAAAUGUUUGCAAAAAAAUCAACCAACUCAGCGAACCAACCAACAACUACAUCCAAAACAUGCGGGAGGGAACAGAUGUGUUGGUUUGAAUAGUUCUUUUUCCUCAGUGACAAUUACUGAAGUUAGACAAAGGCUUUGUAUAGUCAAACCACAGUUAGUAUAUAUACAGCUCGAAGGUGCUGCUGAUGAAUAGGAGUCUUUUGAUAGGGGAGUUUAAAAGGUUGCCUUCAUAAGUGUAUUUACUAACUGUAACUAAACAUGCACUUUUAAAUCUGCACACAUUUAUGUUUGUAAAUACAUACAGAAUCUCUUCUGCAGGUAUUCCUGGUUUAUAUGGGAGUAUGAAUUACUGAUGCAAAAUUAAAUAUAUCUGAAGAAAAACUCCAUGUUCUCAAUGAAGAGUCCAUUUAAUAUUCUUCACCAGAAUGAAACCAUAAGUUCUAUAUAAAGAAUAACAGAUACCCAAGAGUGAGUUACAGACUGGAAUCUAAAUGAGGGCUUAUGGGGUGGUUUAUAUAUAGAACAACAGAUACC